CAUGUCGGUCAUGUCGGACAUGUUGUCCGACUCGGACAGCUACGUGCUGCUCAACCUCGAGUUCGACAAGUCGGAGUCCGUGGACCCGCUGUUUGUGGUGGAGGGGGCGCUGAAGCGGGUGCCGUCGGUGGAGAUCGCCAGCGAGGUGACUGAGGACACACACAGCGAGGUGUCGCUCUCCUCUGCCAUGCGGAAGCGGGACGUGCUGCACCUGGAGCGUAUCAAGCUGCGCCUCACAGAAGACCGGCCGCCCAACAACAUCACGAGCCCGGGCGUGGUGCCGCUCGACCUGCGCCUGCCAGCCGUGCACGUCACGAGGAACGGCGCCGGUGUGUUCACCGUACAGCAGCCGACGCCAGGUGGCGCUGGCGCCGGCACCGGUCCCUCCGGCUCCUGCUCGCUGGUGGACGUCGCCAGCUCGUUCAACAACCCUGCGUCAGGCUCGGAGGGCGAGCUGGGCCGGCUGCGGCGGCGCUGCCAGCUGCUGGAGGACCAGCUGGAGCAGCGUCGCGGCUCCGAGCAGCGGCUGAGCCAGCUGACCGCGCUGGAGGCCAGGUGUCGGGAGGCCGAAGACGAGGUGCUGGGCCUCCGUGAGGAGAAGGAGGUGCUGAUGAAGACGCUGAGCUACCUCAAGCAGGAGUUCCUGCGGUUGGACACGGCGCACAGCCGACGAACCGACGCCAAGUAGCGCCGAC